CUAAAUCCCAAAGUCAGCAAAAUUCCCAAAAAUCCCCAAAAUUGAGAAAAAAAAAAAAAAACUAACAAAACUUCAAAAUGACCACCGCCGAUAAAUCCGCCGGAAUCGCAACUGACACGGAACCAGGACCGGAAACUUCUCUUCUCCUCAAUCCACACGAAGGAUCAAUCAGAAAAGCUCCUUCUGAUUCCUUCCACUUCGCUUACAUCAUCUACUUCACCCUCGGUGUUGGCUUCCUUCUUCCAUGGAACUCUUUCAUCACCGCCGUCGAUUACUUCUCUUACCUCUACCCUUCCACCGCCGUCGAUCGGAUCUUCGCCGUUGUCUAUUUCCUCGUUGGUCUCGUAUGUCUCUCCGUUAUCGUUGUCUUCUAUGCUCAUAAGAGCCUCGCUACCUUUAGAAUCAAUCUCGGCCUCUUGCUUUUCGUUAUCGCCUUGCUUGUGGUUCCUGUUUUGGAUCUGGUUUAUGUCAAAGGACAGGUCGGUUUAUACGCCGGAUUCGAUAUAACCUCCGCAGCCCUUGCGCUUUCCGGUCUCGGUGAUGCACUUAUGCAGGGAGGUUUGAUCGGCGUCGCCGGUGAAAUGCCUGAGAGGUAUAUGCAAGCUGUUGUCGCCGGAACUGCUGGCUCCGGUGUUCUUGUUUCACUAUUGAGGAUCUUGACUAAAGCUGUGUACCCUCAAAACCCUGAUGGUUUGAGAAAGAGUGCGAAUCUAUACUUUGCUGUGGGGAUUGUUGUUAUGGUGAUCUGUGCUGUGUUGUUCAACAUAGUUCAUAGACUUCCGGUGAUCAAGUACCACGAAGAGCGUAAAAAGGAAGAACUAAUCAAAGAGAAGAGUCAAGAGAAAGGUUCUUUAACAGGAUCAGUGUGGAGAAAGACACUCUGGGAGAUCGUGACGAAGAUUAAGUCUCAUGGUUUUGGGAUCAUUCUUCUAUACAUGGUGACGUUGUCGAUAUUCCCUGGCUACAUUACGGAGGAUGUUCAUUCGGAGGUUCUUAAUGAUUGGUACCCUGUGCUACUCAUUGCAGCCUACAACGUGUUUGACUUGGUUGGCAAGUCUCUCACCGCUGUUUACAUGCUGAUGGAUGAGAAAAUAGCUGUUGGUGGUUGCAUUGCCAGGCUCUUGUUUUACCCUCUCUUCUGGGGUUGCUUACACGGUCCGAUGUUUCUUAGGACUGAGAUUCCGGUAACUAUACUGACAUGCUUAUUGGGACUCACCAACGGGUACUUGACAAGCGUCUUGAUUAUUCUGGCUCCCAAAUCGGUUCCAUUGAAACACGCAGAGACCGCAGGUAUUGUCACUGUGAUGUUCUUGGUUAUUGGUUUGGCCGCUGGGUCUGUCAUUGCUUGGUUCUGGGUCAUCUGAUUCUACCAAAGCUUGUUAUUUGUUGUACUUGUUGUAUUCUUUGAGCCUUCCACAAAAUCAGUUUCAUUAAUCUGUGCACCAUCAUAUGUGAAUUAUUCCUUUUUACUUCAGUAAUAUGUGAAAAUUCUUUUUUUUACACCAAGAACACAAUAGACUUGUAAGCUGUAAAAGGCUACAACGUGUAUUCAUUAAAGCAAGUGUAAGUGGUUCAA